UACAGUCAGAAUGUCGCAAGGUAUCCUCCUGCUGAUGGUGCUUGCACUGUCUUCUCAUGUCAGUCGAUCAGAGCAUGACGAUGCUGAUGCUGUAACCAGUAGCGAUAAGGAACUGGAGAAGAGACGUCACAUUAUUGGAUCUAGCUGCAAAGAGAUCCAAAAGAAAUAUGGUGUCCGUGAAGAUGGUCUGUACAAUCUCAUCACAUCCAACGGAGUGGAGUACCAGACCUUCUGCGACAUGACCACAGCUGGUGGUGGAUGGACGCUGGUAGCCAGUGUGCAUGAGAACAACAUGAAUGGGAAGUGCACUGCAGGGGACAGGUGGUCAAGCCAACAGGGGAACAACGCUAACAACCCUGAUGGAGAUGGGACGUGGGCCAACCUGAAUACCUUUGGAAAUCCAGAGGGAGCGACAUCUGAUGACUUCAAGAAUCCUGGUUACUAUGACAUUGUGGGGGAGGACGUGUCUGUUUGGCAUGUACCAAAUGACACACCAGUGAAAAGGUGGAACUGUGAUUCAAUCCUGCAGUACCACACAGCGACCAAGUUUCUUACAGCCCAGGGGGGAAACCUCUUCCAGCUCUACAAGCGCCUCCCAGUGAGGUACAAUGCCGGAACAUGUACAAGUGACCAUGGGCCAUCCAUUCCAAUUGUGUAUGACAAAGGAGAUGCUAAGACCACAACAAACUUGUAUGGUCCAAGUGCUAGAGGCCAAUUCGUUCCUGGCUACAUCACCUUCCGAGUGUUCAACACUGAGAGGGCAGCGAUGGCUCUGUGCUCUGGAAUCAAACCUAUUCACUGCCACACUGAGCACAUCUGCAUUGGUGGUGGAGGCUACUUCCCACAAGCAAGUCCUCGCCAGUGUGGUGAUUUCACAGGCUUUGACUGGGAUGGCAUUGGAACUCAUCAAGGGUGGAGCGCAUCCAAAGAGAUGACUGAGGCUGCAGUCUUGAUCUUUUACCGUUGAGUCUGAAAUGGAAUCUACAUGCCAUUGAAAAAAUAUAUGGCUAUACAAAUCCUAUGUGAAGGAAAAAAAAGAAAUGGGGCACUUUUAUAGUAUGUGCCAAGCGAGUAAGCACUUAAAUUCCAUGUUGCCUACAGAAUGCCACAUAUAUGAACAGUGUACACAUGAUGUGUCUGUGUGCCUGUAUAUAUGAGGUCGCACAUGUACACACAUAUGAAUCAUUUUGUAUUUUUAUAUCAUUUUCAUACGGGAUUGUGCAGAAACCUUUGCUAUUCCAAUUGAGAUUCUUUAAACAAAUUGCUCUGUAUACUCUGAGUUAUUGUUAAUAUCAGUUGAUUUCAAAUAUAUUCUACUUUCCUUAUAUUCUCCAUGUCUUAAAGGUUUAUUAAGGUUUUAAUUCCAACUUCUUUUCUAUGUAAUGUACGGCAAUGUGCUGAUCAGUGUCAAUGUGAUUGUUGUGUGGUUAUAUUACUUAUACUAUUAAUAACAUUCCUGUUUUGGUAUAACUUACUGUCCCCAUACUGUAGCCUAUAUCAUGAAGACCCAGCUCCUUGUUGUGAGGUACAUGUUGAAAAAUCUGAGGCACCCCUGAUUGUAGUGAAGAAAUAGUGUGCGCUUGAUAAUUUUGGUUUAAGCAUGAGUGUGAAUUUUCCUUUUUGUUCUUAUUUGUCUGUUGUUUGUA